AUGGCAGAUGAUGAAGCAUUGCCAUUUACCUAUGUAGACGAUAAUGUUGUUGAUGGGCUAGAAUGUCCAAUUUGUUAUAAUCCGAUAUUAGACCCUGUUGAGCAUAGCUCUAAAAACAAUAGUUGUAAUUCAUCAUUUUGUAAAGCAUGUGUUGGAAAUUUAAAAACCUGUCCUAUUUGUCGUUUGGAAGUAUCCAACUGGACAAGAAUACCAUACACCCCAUCAACAUUACGUUUUAUAUUUAGACCCUUAUCAGAAUUAAAAGUAACAUGUAAUGUUUGUAAAGAACAAACCACUAGAAAAGAUAUUAAAAACCAUGUGGAAUCCUGUAAAAUUAAACUACCUGAAGGUUUAUAUCCAGAAAGCCUAAAUGAAAAUAAUAAUAAUAGACAACCACAGCAAAAUAUAAUUUCAAACUUUUUUGGUGGAAUCUCUGAUAAAUUAAAAUUCAAUAAUAACAAUAACAAUAACAAUAGCAAUAAUAAAAAUCAACAACAGCAACAACAGCAACAACAACAACAACAACAACAGCCCCAAGAUCAACAACAGGCUCAACUUCAAGCUCAGCAACAAUCUCUACAAGCACAACAAUAUGCACAACAACAAAUAAUGAACUCUCAAUCCCAAUUGAUUCAACAACAAACCCAACAACAAGUUGAUUUGGCUCAGCAACAAAUACAACAAAUGCAACAACAAACCCAACUAAGAACUCAACAGAUGCAACAACAAACCCAACAACAAAUUAAUUUACAACAAAUUCAAAAUGCCCAAAAACAAAUUUUAUUAUCACAACAACCAAGCUAUGUAUAUCCAAUACCAACACCAACAGCAAAUGAAAGUUAUAAAAAUACAGUCAUACCACCAAUAAAUAAUCCAUCAAUAAAUAAUAAUAACAUGACUAUAAACGCCUAUGAUAAAAAUAUUGGUAAACCUAAUGUUCCUUCUUUUUCAAGUAUUCAGCAACAAAUGCCUUAUAUUCAGCCAUAUUAUAAACCAAUUCCAUAUUAUCAAUCACCUUAUCCUCCACCAACUCCAGCUCCAUUACCACCUUUACCACCACCACAAACACCUGCUCCUCCACCUCCAACAUUUUAUCCCCAUUAUUAUUAUACAAAUACAAACCAAGCUACCAAUAACAACUAUUAUCCAUCCACACCAAUUCCAACCCCAUCAUCAAUAUUAAUGAAUAGUUUACAGCAAUCAGCCUCGCCUGCUUCAACUCCUCCAAGCAAUACAUUUAAUGGCAAUAGUAGUAUCAACAAUAGUUUUUAUACAAACCCAGCUCAAUCUAGACAGUCUCUUGUAAUCCAAUCAUCAAUCUCAGACCCACAUUUAGCAAAUACAUCUGCCUCAUUAAUUGAUCAAGAGUUGGAAAAUGAUCAAUUUUACCCACCAAUACUUCAAUUUUCAUCCAAUAUUUUAUCUAGUUCGCACAAUUUAACCGACGUAAACUUCAACGACCAAACAUUAAAAAAUAUUACAUUUUUAUCAACAAACAUAUCAAACUCGCGUUACCAGCAUGCAAAAUUUGAUAACUGUCUCUUUCAAGAAUGUAAUAUUAAUAGCUCAUCAUUUAUCGAAUCAACUUUCAUUAAUUGCAUAUUUAUAAAUUGUAAUAUUAAUAGUUGCGACUUUUCAAAAUCACAUCAAGAAAAUUGCUACCAUGUCAGUGGUGAUAUUUCAGAUUGUAACUUUUUCCAAUCCAGUGGUAGUAACAUAAAAUAUGUUCGUAUCAAUAUGCGUAACAAUAACUUUGCUCAUAGUUCCCCACGUGCCGUAUUCUGUAAAUGCACUUUAAACACUAUAAACUUCCAAAAUUCAGAUUUCUCAAAAACUAGAUUCAAAAUCUCUCAAGUAGCAUUUACAAACUUUGCAAGUGUCCACUUUGACCUACUUUUAGAUCAUAUUUUUGAUUACCAAUCAGAAAAAAAGUCAUGUAAAUUUUAUUAA